CGUCGUAUUAAACUGGGAGUUAAGAAGUUUUGGGGGAUUGUGAGUGCUUGGUUAUGGAGCGGUGACGCCGGUAAGACGGUCUCGGUGAGCUGGCGAGAGGAGAGGGGAAGCGAAACUUUUAGGGAUUUUUUUUUAACUUCUUGUCCGAAACUGGGUGGAAAGUUUAAAAAAAAAACGUGGCCCUUAAAGUUUUGCUUUUUAUAUCGCAGUUAUAUGAGAAUGUGAUAUCGUUUGGAUGAUUUUGUUUGCGUUGUGGGCCAUUUCUGCUGUUUUGGGAAAAAAUGUUUUUUCGUCUUCGCAGAGACUGACGUUGAAGAAGUAGGCCAGGCCAGUGUGUGUAUCCAUGAAUGUACGUCACUAUGAUGAUGACCGACCAGCUGAUGGACUUAGCUCCACCUCCGCUGCUGAACGGGGAUCUGCCGCUGAUUCAACACAUGGUUAAUGGAGACGCAGUGCAACAGGUGAUCCUGGUACAGGUGAAUCCAGGGGAGACCUUCACCAUCAGAGCGGAGGACGGCUCGCUGCAAUGCAUCCAGGGUCCUGCUGAGGUCCCAAUGAUGUCUCCCAAUGGAUCAAUCCCCCCCAUCCACGUCCCCCCAGGAUACAUCUCCCAGGUGUUAGAAGACAACACAGGAGUGCGUCGGGUGGUCGUCACCCCCCAGUCUCCUGAGUGUUAUCCUCCCUCGUACUCCCCCGCUCUCUCCCCCACGCACCACCUCCCUCCGUACCUCACCCAUCCCCACUUUAUCCCCAACUCUCACUCCUUCUAUCCCCCUGUGAGUCCUGGAGACCUGCCUCCUCACCAGUACUACCAACACCACCUCCCGCCCAUAUAUGGAGAAGAGAUAAUCCCAGUGUAUGGCAUGUCCAGCUACAUUGGCAGAGAGGAGAGCUAUAGCAAGCCCCAGCCUAAGAAGAUAAAGGAGCAGAGACAGCUGGAACGACAGAACAGACUCAACUCUCCUCCCUCCUCCCUGUACAAGUCUCUGGGCUCCAGCCACAAUGGAUACAGCGGGAAGAGCCACGUCCCUUUGCUAGGGUCGUUAGGGUCAAUGGGCGGAGCUAACAGUCCAGGAGGGAAGAAGCCGGAACGACGACAACUACGGAGCAGCCCAAGGAGCAACGAGCCAGACACACACACACAAUCACCGCAAGAUCACGACUCGGAGGCAAAGAGAGUUCAGGAAGUGCUCUCUGCCAUCGACAAACCACAGGUGUCCAACGUGCACGCGCGAGGUGCUAGAUUGUCCUGGGCUCCCCCGGUUGGGCUGGUAAACCGGUUCAGCAACAGCCAGUCUCUCACCUACGAGGUCUCUCUGUCCGACAAGGGACGGGACGGCAAAUACAGACUUAUAUACAGUGGAGAGGAGUUGGAGUAUCAUCUAGAAGACCUGAGGCCAGCUUCAGACUACCACGUACGAGUCAGCGCGGUGUGUAACUCUAACUUGAGGGGUGUGUGUUCGGAGACGGGGUCGUUCACAACACACACCUGCGCCCCUGACCUGCCCUUCCCCCCCAAACUGUCUCACCGCACCAAGAGCACCCUCACACUACAGUGGAAGCCUCCAAUCGACAACGGAUCCAAAAUCACAAACUACCUUCUGGAGUGGGACGAGGGAAAGAAGAACAGUGUAUUUAGAGAAUAUUACUUUGGGAGCCAGAGACACUGUAAGCUGACGAGACUGUGUCCUGCUGUGGGCUACACCUUCAGAGUGGCUGCUCACAAUGACAUAGGCACCAGUGGUUUCAGUACGGAGGUUGUAUUCUACACUACAGGUACGCUGCUCUCCUGCCCCCUGGCACCGCGGCUGCUGCGGGCGGGCGUCUCCUGGGUAACCCUGGAGUGGGGCCGUCCUGAGGGCAGCGCCAACGAGGAGCUAAUCACAUACACACUCGAGAUCCAGGAGGACAAUACCGGAACAGACUUUCAUCCAAAGUACACUGGAGACAAGCUAACCUCCACAGUGCAAGGCCUGAAGAGGAGCACACAGUACAAAUUCAGGCUGAUAGCGUCUAACGUGGAGGGUGGCAGUAAACCCAGUGAAGUGUUGGUGUGUACUACCAGUCCUGAUAAACCUGGACCCCCUUGUCCCCCCCGAGUCACUACCGCUACAUCUUAUGGCUUCACCAUCACCUGGGAUCCUCCCCAGGACAAUGGAGGUUCAGAAGUUCUGACGUAUCUGCUGGAGAUCUCAGAAGGCAGCUGUGACGCGGGUCAGUGGGAGGUGGCGUACAGCGGCCCCGCUACAGAGUGUGUGUGUGAAGGACUGACGCCCGGCACAGUUUACCGCCUGCGAGUGUGUAGCAUCAGCACAGGUGGACACAGCCAGUGUUCCUUCAGCGUUCCGGUUCGGACGUUGAGUGUUGCCCCCGGACCCUGCCAACCGCCCAGGAUCGUGGGUAAAGCCAAACACAAGGAAGUACAGUUAGAAUGGGACGGACUGACGUCAGAAGCUGUGUGUGAGGAGUGUGUGUUCAGUCUGGAGAUGACAUCAUCAGAGGGCGACGCUGAGCCCAGUGAGGUGUACAAUGGGACAGAGCUGCAGUGCAGUGUGGGUAGUCUGCUGCCGGGGGCAACCUACAACUUCAGACUGAGGGCUGCCAACGAGGCUGGGUUUGGAGAGUACUCUGAGGCAGUGGAGGUGACGACAGCAGCGGGUCCUCCAGGCCAGUGUGUGGCGCCACUCAUCACUCUGAACAACACCACCUGUCUAACAGUCAGCUGGGAGAGUCCUGAAGGAUCAGGCUCUGACAUCUCAGAGUAUCGUCUGGACUGGUCCAGGGAGGAGGAGCCUAUGGAGCUCAUCUACUGUGGACCAGAAACCCAGUGUGAAGUAUCAGACCUGACCCCCGCGACCCACUACUGCUGUAGACUACAGGCGGUGAACCAAGCGGGGGCGGGGCCUUACAGUGAACAGAUGACCUUCCAGACUCCAGCGACUAAUCCCGACGCAGUCUCUUCUUUCUUCCUGCUUGACCAGCUCCAAUCAGAUCAGUCCCCCUCCACCUGCCUCUUCCUGAAGUGGGAGGAGCCUAACUGUAAUGGGGCGGAUAUAACAUCUUACAUUAUCAGUCUGGACGAUCAACUCAUUACCGUGGAAACAGGAACCAGUCACCUGAUCACUGACCUUCAACCAGACAGCCAGUACAGUGUGCAGAUCCAAGCAGUGAAUGUGAUUGGCUGUGGCCCGUUGAGCCCACCCCUGGUGGCUAGGACACGCCCCCUCCCUCCGGCUCCUCCUCCUUUGGAAUGUUCGGCUGCCGGCCCCCAGAGCCUGAAACUGAAGUGGGGGGAGAACGCUGCAAACACACACACACACACACACACCCGCGCUCUGCUCUCCAAUGACAUGUUCUACACACUACAGAUGGAAGAUAAGAACCACAGGUUUGUGUGUAUCUACAGAGGUCCCAGUCAUACUUACAAGGUGCAGCGCCUGACAGAGUCCACCAGUUACCGGUUCAGGAUCCAGGCAUGUAGUGACGCAGGGGAGGGACCCUUCUCAGACACGCAUACCUUCUCUACCACCAAGACUGUACCCUCCGCACUCAAAGCUCCCAGAGUGCACCAGCUGGAAGGGAAUGUGUGUGAGGUCACCUGGGAGGCCAUUCCACCAAUGAGAGGCGACCGUGUCAACUACGUCCUGCAGGUGCUGGUUGGACGAGAGUCAGAGUACAAACAGGUGUUUAAGGGAGAAGAGAGUGCCUUCCAAAUCACCGGACUCCAAGGCAACACCGACUACCGUUUCCGUGUGUGCGCCUGCCGCCGUUGCCAGGAUACCAACCAGGAACUCUGUGGCCCUCUAAGCCCCUCCUCCCUGUUCACCCUGCGUCGCCAGGAGCAACAGUGCCUGGGGGAGACAAGCGCCGUGGAGACUGUGAAAGGGGCGGGGAUAAUAUCCAGCGAUGAGCGCUUUGCGGCGGUUGUGGUGUGUGUGUUUGCCGGUGUCUCCAUCCUCAUGGCCUGUCUGCUACAAUACUUCUUCAUGAAGUGAGGGAAUGAAUCCGCAACAGGAUAGAAAAGAGAAAACAAAGCGAUAGCAAAAGAAAACGAGCAUCUACGAAAGAAUGGAAAGAAAACAAACACUUGAGAAUCAGGUGCAGGAUAGAAAGAGAAAUAAAACGAGAGAGGAAACAGACUUCAAACGAAACAGACCUGAGCUUUACUUCAGUUAUUCUACCGCGACGUUGUAGUCCACAUAUCUCUUUCCUCUUCUCUUUCUUCUCUUUCCCUCUCUCGCUCGCUCUCUCUGUUUCUCUUGUCAUUGUUAGUUUGGUCUCUCUAUCUUAUGUAAUGGAUGUAUUUGGAGGGAAGCUGUUCGUGACAUAAACAAACAAACUGAUAAGCAAGCAUUAGCCAGCCAGGAGCCCAGCAAAGCUCCUCAAUGACCUGCAUGACAUUAUUUUGUAUCUUUUUAAAACUAAUAGACAAAGUGUAUUUUUCUUUAUAUUUCUUUACGGUCAAUUCCUUACUUUACUGUGUCUGUGUCCUAUUUGCGCUGUUCGCUGCAGUCUUUCGUAGUUUUUUCGGUUACGCCAUUUUGAAAUGUAGUUCUAAAGCUUUAGCCAUGUAUCCAUCAAUAUCUGUUACCUUGUCUAUUAUAGGCCAAAUCAUGCAAUCUUUACGCACAGAUGCACACAUAGACACAGACACACAGAAACAUACACACACAGGCACACAUGCAGAUGCACAGCGAGACAAACACACACACACACACACACACACAUGCACAGAGAGACAGAAACACACACACUCAGAUGCCUUCUCUUCUGUCUUCUUUAUUCAGCUACCAAAGCGAUGCCAUUGUUAAAAAAUGCUGCUAUCCUGUUUCGUUAUAUCUAAGAAAGAAUGGAUUUAGUUACCUAAUAUAUACAAUCUAUAUCAAAUAUAUCUAUGAUAGAUCUACCUAUCUAUAUCUGUAGGGGUGAUGCUAUGAUGUAAUAUAAGAAGUGUAGAGGUCUGGAUGACAGAGAGAAAGAGAAGGACGGAUCCAGGUAGAUGUUGCCUUUUAACCACAGAUCUAGGACCAGCUUUCUCUCCCCUGAAGCUAACCUAAACCAUUAGGAGUGGGAAAUGCAAAGCUGACUUUAGAUCAGUUUAGGAGCAAGGGUGUAAAACCAGGCUCCUGGAGGGCCACACACCUGGCCAUAUCUAGCCAAUCAGCAACACCAGUUGAUCAAUUUAGUUUGAGGUUGAUAAUAACAUGAUGACACUUUGACCUGUGAGAACUGGUCCUGACACCUCUGGUCUAGGGCUAUCCUGGUAUAUUCCACUGGGAGUGGUUUAGUGAAUUAUAAUAUGUAUUCUAGGUGCUCAUCUGCAGAUCUGAGGUCAGUUCAGUAGCCAGUCCCCGCUGUCGAAUGUAGAGGUUACUGAAGUAACCUUUUAUCCAACCCCCCCACCCCCACUCAACCCUCAUACCUAUUCAUACCCUUCUUUUUUUCUCUGCCCCUCUCUCUUUUUCUAUCCCUCCGCCAUUCUCAGUACGUCUCCCUUCCCUCCCACAUUCCUAACCUCCCUCUCUCCAUCUCUGUAGUUAAUGCUGUAAUCAUCCCACUCUCUCUCUCUCUCUCUAAGCUGUGCUUCGCUCCUACUCGUCAGUUAGCAGAGCCUGCUCCAACACCUUUGCCAAAGUCGACGGGAAAGUUACGCUACAAUUUCUCUAUUGGUUUCUAUACCUUUAUUUAUAUACAAUAGAAUAUUUGCAUACAGUACUUUACAAGCCAAUUACAGUGCAAUCUUUUCAGUUAUUUAUUGUUUAAAAAAUUCAAAUUAAGAGACAAAUGUAAGUGUAGUUAUAAAUGCACUAAUUAGUUUUUUCUCUCGUAGCAUGUUAUAUUGUUAUUAUGAUCAUUUUUCUGUUUUUUUGUUUUUAUUGGAUGGAUUAUUUUAGAUGUUUGAUUUAAGGCCAGCAUUUCGUACUCUCAGUAGCCAAUUGCAUAUCUCUUUUAUUCUCUUACAGUUGUUGGGAAAACCUGUAGUUGUUUCAUUAUUCAGUGCCGUUUUAACAUGUUAACCAAAUGUCUGCCCUUGUCCUGUCCUCUCUGACACACAGAACUGGCUCUUAUCCAUAACCACGUGACCAUCACGUCAUAACACCAAUAAUAAUAGCUUUAGAAUUGUUAUGGAUGUCACGGUUAUGACCAGCCCGUGUGGUUUUCUGUACGCAUUAAGAGAUGUAGCAGACCGUUAGCCAGGUUGUAUUGCUAAAGGUUUUCGAAAGCUGGAGCGAACACACAAAGUUUCUUCAGAAACGUUACCUUUUCUGAUACCAAGGUUAUGCUGGCAUCUGUAUUAGGAUUUAAGCACAGGCGUGACGUAACGUACAACUCCGUGGGGGCACUGGUGGUUAAAUAAUGUACACUCUUAGAAAAAAAGGGUUCCAAAAGGGUUCUUCGGCUGUCCCCAUAGGAGAACCCUUUUGGGUUCCACGUAGAACCCUCCAAUGGGGACAGUCGAAGAACCCUUAUAUGCUGUAGGUAGCAGCUUUUUGUCCGGAGAGUUUAUGAAGGUACACUGAAGGUUAAAUAAGGUAUGAAGGUACUCUUUAAGUUACUGUAACCGGUGCUUGAAGAGGACGGCAGAAUGUGGUGGUACUGACCUUAAUUCUACCGUUUGAGGAGGUAUUCUAUAAGAGUUGCCAUUAUUCAGACAGUAUGACGAGACUUGAAGACUCAGGUUAGCUCCGCAUGGCUAAUGCCCUAGGCUUUAGUUCCAGGGGCUAACACAGUCUUGGGACGCCGUACAGUGCCCCCUCAGUGGGAAGGUGCGCGGUGUCUCGGGGAGUCAGAACAAUAGUUGCCUUAAUUUGUCGUUUAUACUGCCUAAUGUUAUAGAUUAAGACGUGUUUGAUAUCAUAUCUGUUUUGGAUUCUUUCUGCCAAAGUCGAGGCUUGUUGUCAUGCCAUUUUACUUUGCGUGUGUGUGUGUGUGUGUGUGUGACACACACGUUCUUUUCAACGUUAUCUACGUUCUAAAGGGUUCCUUGAUGUUCCCUCUGUGACCACACAGCAUUAUUAUUACUGUCACAUGAUUAUCCUCUCAAAAAGGAAAGACUUGAUCUGUGAUUUACGCUUCUUUCAUAUUUUUAUUUUUAUGUUUAUUUUUUUGGUGAAGCUAACUGUAUUAAAUGUUCCAUUGUUAAAUAUACUACCCCUUUAUUACGUUUUAACUCGCUGAUUUCACACUGAAAAAGGUCAAAAGACUACAACAAUCAAAUCAGGAUUUCAGUCAGACCGAUGAGGAUGAUUAUGAUGAGGAAUACUUUUCCAAGCUUGUCGUCGUAUAAAGGGCCUUAGUGGUGAUUUUGUGUCCAGUGUUUUUGCUUAGAAUUGAUAGUCAGUGCAGAGUUAUUAUACGUAUAGAGAUGUAGUAUUGACGCUAAAAUUAGUUAAGUACAACUAACUGAGAUUAUAUGAAGCACUUUUAAAGCGGUAGACCCUUAGCCCACAGGAUAACUAUCUAUCCUGUGAGAACCAUGAUGCUUUUCAUCAGACAGCUUGUUGUUUUGAUACCGGACAGACAGCUGCCCGCCGGCCACUCUGUUACAUUGGCAUUACUAUGUCGUCUGACAUUUUGACUACGUCAUUGUUGUGACUGAGUCGUCUGGUAUUGUUGGGUCAUUUGGUGUUGCUGUGUCGUACAGCGUUACUAUGUCAUCUGACGUGACUUUGUCAUGUUGUGUCCGUCUGACCUGUUCACCUGUCUCAGUUAGAAAGAAGACUGUUGAUAUGUCCUGUUGUGUUAAAUCUCCCCCAAGCCUUUUACAGCCAAAUCAUUCCUAAUGUUGUGUUAAAUCUCCCCCAAGCCUUUUACAGCCAAAUCAUUCCUAAUGUUGUGUUAAAUCUCCCCCAAGCCUUAUACAGCCAAAUCAUUCCUAAUGUUGUGUUAAAUCUCCCCCAAGCCUUUUACAGCCAAAUCAUUCCUAAUGUUGUGUUAAAUCUCCCCCAAGCCUUUUACAGCCAAAUCAUUCCUAAUGUUGUGUUAAAUCUCCCCCAAGCCUUUUACAGCCAAAUCAUUCCUAAUGUUGUGUUAAAUCUCCCCCAAGCCUUAUACAGCCAAAUCAUUCCUAAUAUUGUGUUAAAUCUCCCCCAAGCCUUUUACAGCCAAAUCAUUCCUAAUGUUGUGUUAAGUCUCCCCCAAGCCUUUUACAGCCAAAUGAUUCCUAAUGUUGUGUUAAAUCUCCCCCAAGCCUUUUACAGCCAAGUAAUUCCUCAUGUCUAGGGACAGGAGUUUUCCCUGACCGUGUGAAUUGACCAGGAUGGUUAGGACACAUGGUCACGAAAUACUCAUGUCCCAACUCCCUAGUAAUGCCUAAUGUUAUAGGCUAAGGUUAGGAUAAUGGUAGGCCAAUGUUAGGCCUGUGAUAUCACCAAUAAUAUGUUGACCCAAUGUUCCCUAAAGGUUUUUGGCUAAUAUUCUCUCAAGCUUUUGGCUAGUGUUUUUCCAGGGCUUGGCCCAGUGGCUACUUGUCUGUGUGAGCAGGGUACACCCUGUAAGAUUUGUAUUUAGGCAAAUCUUUAGACCCUUCUGGUCCUGCUCAUCUAGUGGGUCCUGAACAAAACAGAUACUUCUGCCCAGCAAUCCAGCAACUGUGCCUUCUGAUUGGUUCCUUUUUUUAGUCUGAUUAAUAAUAAAACAAAUUGAAACCGAAAAUACGGAAUUUGAAUAUGAGAGAUUAGAGAUUGAAUGGGUAACAGUCCCAGAUUAAUGUAUGAAGACUUGUAUGUAUUAAACAUUUUUUAUUAGUCUGAAACAAAAACAAAACAACAUAUUUGUACCUCACACUUAUCAAAACAAACAUUCCAAUGUUGUCAUGGGCUACGAUUUGAAAGAAAAAAAGAAAAUCAUACAUUUCUACUACUUUGUAUUGUAAAUGUUAGACUAUUUCAUAUGCAUUAUAUAAAAUAAACCGCCAUAUCAAUUUUAAUGUAUAGAUUUUGCAAAUACUACCCUCUGUAUGUAAGACCUAACUGUAUCGGUAGCCUGUGUUAUAUAAUAUAUUUAUGCCCAAUAAAUGUUUAAUUUUUUCUGA